AUUAUAUUGUUAACUUGGGAAUAAAAUAUAAUCUAAUCUCAAAAUAUACAAGUUUUAUUGUAAUUGAUGAACAAUCAAAAAAAUCAAUUUCUCAGAAACCACCAGAAAUUAGACAUGUUCCAAAUAAACAAUCAUUUCAAAUGUAUAGAUGGCAUUAUGGUGUUGGAAAUAGUACUAAUAUCAUUGAUAAUAAUCUCACGGCAUCACCCAGUAUAGGUGCUACAAAAAAAUCUUCAAAAAGGAAAUCAGGAAAUGAUGAGCAGCAAAAAGUAAAAUUGUGUACUAUUAUUGCAUUGAUUUAUUUGGAAGUGGUGAUGAUGAAGGAUUUUAAAGAUGAAUGUGAUAUUUGUUAUGAAAAAUCUAAAAAAGCAUUAACAACUAAAUUUAAAGAUUAUAAUGAAGAGAAUGUCAAGAAUGUCAUGGAUAGUGUUAGGAAAUGGAUGAAUGAUUGGAUCAAAGAAUAA